UGUCAGCGUUUCGGGGCCUCCGCUGCUUUAGGAGGGUUGCAGCCGUGGCGGCUCCUGUCGCUGCUUUGACCUGCCUUAUCCUGGCGGAGGCCGGACCCUUCUGCACUCACUGAAGAUGCGUUUCCCCGCAACUCUGCGCGCGUCCUGCGGUGGCCGUCCGAGUCCCUUCAUCUAGCGAGUGGUCUUCCUCGCAAUUAUGGAGAUCUAAAAGAUCUAGGUAGUGUGGAGGGGGAAGUCCCCCUCCCCCUCCUUCAUUUGCCUUUUGGAUCCCCCCCCCCACCUUCCCUUGGACAAUAAUACAACGUUUUGUAGAUAAAGAAAUAAAGACUUGGAAUAUAAAUUUAUAUUGUUGAAAAUUAUUUAUUUUUGUAAGUGCCAAGCUUUUAACAGCACAAUGGUGUCCAUGUUGGUGGUCUGAAUCCGAAUUACAAACCUGAAAGUCAUGGACUUCCUCUGAAUCUCUAUCAAAAGAAGAGCACCCAGGUGUAUGUGCAGCAGGUUCUCUUACAGAGGUGGCAGUAUAGGAAAUGGAUAAGAUGAAUUCUUUGGUGCCUGACUGCACCUUGAAGUGUCGAUCGCUGCGGCAUGCUUUAGAUGUUGUUUCCGUGGUGACCCGAGGGAACGAAGGUCAGAUCAAGGCCUUCCUCACCUCUCACUGCUACAAUGCAGCGACUUGCAGGGAUGCCUUCGGCAGGAACGCGCUCCAUCUGGCUGCCUCCUGCGGCAAGAAAGGAGUGCUGGAGUGGCUGGCGGAAACAAACGGAGUGGAUUUGUUGGUCAAAGAUAAGGAGUCGGGAUGGACGGCUUUGCAUCGAGGCGUCUUCUAUGGGCAUAUAGAUUGUGCGUGUUCACUAAUGAAGCAUGGUGUGAGCUUAUACAUACAGGAUAAAGAAGGCUUAUCUGCAUUGGAUAUUGUAAUGAAGGAUAGACCAAGCUAUGUUACUUUCAAGAAUACAGAUCCUACAGAUGUCUACACUUGGGGAAACAAUAUAAAUUUUACUUUGGGGCACAGUGGUCAUCAGAGUAAACAUCAUCCUGAGUUGGUGGAUUAUUUUCCUAGGAAUGGUAUUUAUAUCAAACAGGUGGUACUCUGUGAAUUUCACUCUGUGUUCCUGUCUCAGAAAGGAAAUGUGUAUACCUGUGGACAUGGUCAAGGAGGUCGCUUAGGCCAUGGGGACGAACAAACUUGCUUGAUCCCUAGACUAGUGGAAAGCCUGAUAGUGCAUCAGUGUUCUCGAGUGGCAGCAGCUAAAGAUCAUACUGUCGUAUUAACAGAAGAUGGAUGUGUGUUCACCUUUGGCCUCAAUACCUUCCAUCAGCUGGGUAUUCUUCCUCCUCCUCCUAACUGCAGUGUUCCCAGACAGGUUCAAGCAAAAAGUCUCAAAGGAAGAACGGUGACUGGAGUAGCUGCAGCCAGGUUCCAUACUGUGCUGUGGACAAAAGAAGCAGUGUACACAAUGGGACUUAAUGGUGGACAGCUAGGAUACUUGCUAGAUCCUAAUGGAGAAAAGUGUGUAAGUUCUCCUCGCCAAGUCUCUGCUCUGCUUCAUAAAGACAUUACUGUAUCUUUUGUUACUGCAAGUGAUGGUGCAACCGUUUGUGUUUCUGAAAGAGGAGAUAUAUAUUUGCUCACCGACUAUCAGUGCAAGAAGUUGGCUUCCAAGCAACUAAAUCUAAAAAAGGUUCUGGUUAAUGGAGGUUAUUUGGAAUACAGAGUGAACCCUCAACAUCUUAAGGAAAACGAAGGUCAGAGGAUCUGUAUUCUUGCCCUGGAUGAAGCUGGAAGAGUGUUUUGUUGGAAAUCUGCCAACAGUCCCAUGAAGCCGUGCCGAUGGGUCUGUGGCCGCCAAGUCUGUGUAUCUGACAUUUCCUUAAAUAAGAAUGAAUUGAUGUUCGUUACGCAGGAGGGUGAAGCUUUCAGAGGAAAGUGGAUGGAGGGGAAUAAAAAUUCUGAAAAGAAAGAGAUUGUGGCAAAUCUUCAGAACUCCGCAAAUGAUGUGGCCACUAAUGAUGCGAGCAGUGUGUGUGAACGAAUACGGCUUGAGAAGCUUGCCUUCGUUCAUAGAGCUGUCAGCAUCACCACAGAUCCAAAUGGAUGCAACUUUGCUGUUUUACAGUCAGAUCCUAAAACAAGCCUCUACGAAAUUCCAAGUGUGUCAUUGUCCAACUUUGCUGAGGAUUUUGGCAAAUUACUCAUGGAAGCAACAGUUACAGACACCAUUCAUGAUGUGACUUUUCAGGUUGGCGCCAGAGUUUUUCCCGUGCACAAGUACCUUUUGGCAAUGCGCUCUGAUUUUUUCAGGAAGCUCUUCACUUCAGAUCAUGAUUGGCUAGAUCCUCCCGAUCUUUACCGUAAAGAUGGAGAUGAUGUUGGUUGUGAGCUGUUUGUGAUAGAAAAACUUCAUCCAGACUUGUUUAUGUACCUCCUGCAGUACAUUUAUACAGACUCUUGUGAUCUUUUGGUUUAUGGUCACAUGCCCAAAAUGAUAUACAAAGAAAAAAAGGAAGAAAAUGAAGACACCUUAAUUUCAGACUUUAAUAAAAUAACUGUUUAUGAAGAUAUUGAUAAGUCUGCAUUUGAGGUUUACAGAAGUAAUCAGGCACAGUUGGUAAAUGAAACGCAGAAGAGCAAACCAAAAUCAGCUUCUAAGAAAUGCAAAGAUGUUGGGGAAGAGGUGAAUCUCAUAAAAAUGUUACAAAGUGCUGCAAAGAAAUUUGGACUGGGCUGCUUAAGCUCAAGACUUGAUGGAGUCAAAAUGAAAAAUGGAAGAAUCAGUGUUGUCAGCAGAAAAAAUGGAAACAAACCAAAAUUGAACCAGAAAAAAUUGUUGUACCUCUGUGAUGUGACCAUGAAGUCUAUAGAUGGAAAGGAAUUCCCAUGCCACAAAUGCAUACUCUGUGCAAGACUUGACUACUUCCAUAGUAUGCUUAGUAGCUCCUGGAUUGAGGCAUCAUGUUCUGCAGCUCUGGAAAUGCCAUUCCCUUCUGACAUCUUGCAAGUCAUCCUUGAUUACAUUUAUACAGACGAAGCCAUUGCUAUAAAAGAAUCUGAGAAUGUGGAAUUUAUCUGCAGUGUCCUUGUGGUAGCAGACCAGCUCCUCAUGUUACGACUGAAAGAAAUCUGCGAGGUAGCCAUUACAGAAAAACUUACUUUAAAGAAUGCUGCUAAGCUGCUGGAGUUUGCAGCAAUGUAUAAUGCUGAACAGCUGAAACAGUCUUGCUUUCAGUUCAUAGUGCUAAAUAUGGCAGCUAUACUUGAAAUAAGGGCUUUGGAUGUUUUAAGUGAUGGUGUUUUGAAUGACCUUUCUGUGUCUUAUAGAAAAAUGAUUCCAGCUAUGGUCAGGAGAGUAAUUACUCCAUAUCAAGAUGGCCCUGAUAUCAGUUUGUUGGAGCCUGAGGAAGGAGAAACCUUCGUGUUCCUGAAAGAAGAACAAAGUGCAGAGCAAGCUACUCAGGAAGCUGUUCUCAAAAAAGCAAAAGCUAAAGCUAAAAAGAAGCCUCGAAGACGGUCAGACAGCUCGGGAGGUUAUAAUUUAUCGGAUAUCAUUCAGAAUCCACCCUCUACAGGGCUUUUGAAACUGGAUAAAACCAACUCUGUUGAAUCCCUCCCUGAAGUCCUGACCUCUGAUUCCGAAGGUAGCUAUGUGGGAGUGAAUAGUCCUCGAGAUUUGCAGUCUCCUGACUUCACAGUGGGAUUCCAUACCGAUAAGGUUGAGGUGAAAAAGAGGAUGUAUGUUUCCAGUACAGUUGUUCCACGUGCCAAUAAAGAGGUGAAAGUCAGUGAAGGAACAUCAUUGCAAAAAAAAUCAACACCGCGGUGCAUUCCUAAUAACAAAAACACCUCUGCAAGCUCUUCCAAUUGGGUUAUUGGCUCUUUUAGUCCUACCAGUCCUUCUGCUAUGGAUUUAAGAACCAUUAUGGAAGUCGAAGAAAACAUGCAAAAAUGUGGAACCAUGCCAAAGAUAAAUUCGGGCAGGCCCACUACUCAAGGGAAUAAGCUUUCCCAGAAGCAGAGGAAGCUGAUUGCCAUGACUUCUAAGGAUAACAGCCCAGAGAUCAUGCCAAUUGCAGCUGCCCUGCCUGCACAGCGAAAAACUACCAAGCCAGGGAAUGUAUGGUCUACUUCAUCGCCUUCUGCUUUGCCAACAUCUUUGCCAACAUCAUUCCAUAAGCUCCUGAUCAAGGAAGAAAAAUCUUUUGGUGUGGGUACUAGUUCUAGAAAAGCUUGGGUUAAAGAACUUGAAGAUGCACAAACUGCAAAGACUCGAAGGUGCACAACCGCCGCUGAUCUUCAGGCAGAAAAUGAUCAUUCCUGUGAACCCAUACAGUCAGAAAGCCCAAAUCCUUGGUUAGCAACAUCCUUGCCAAGUCUUGCUGCAGCAACACCCAUCACAUUUGCAGAGAUUGUAAAGGAAGAGCUCCAGCAAGAAGCUGCUCUUGUCCGUACCAGAGAGAAACUUUUAGCCUUGAUCCAGAUAGAAGAACGCGCUAUUCAGGAUCUGUUAAUCCACUAUCGAGCAUACGGCAACCCCGAUGAGUUUGUUGUUGUUGAAAGGUCUCCACAGGGGCCAAUAGCAGCUCCUAUGUGGAACAAGCAUUAAUGAAGACGGCUUGUUGUGGAUUUUGAGAGAACUUUGCUAGACUGGGAUUAACAGCAUGGAUAUUCUGGGAUAUGAAUGAAGACAGUGACUUGUGUCCAUCUCUUUUCAACCUAUUACUUGUUAUGUGUUUUCCUUACAAAACUGCUGCUUCAUAGGCUCUGCUGCUCUUUGGAGUUGAAAAGUACUAAGCUGCGCUAUAAAAUACUUUUGUUCCCAUCCCACUUCCUACCCCACCAGCAGAAGGUAUGAAACUGGUGUUGCUCAUCCAGUUCACAAGAACUCGGUUGUCAUAACAAUGCUUGUGCUUUGAAUUAAUGGGAUUGAGUAGCUAUCACAAACUUUAAUUUUGCUAAUAAUAUACCCAGUGUUUGGGUAUAUUAACAAAAAGCCCUUACAACUGAAGCAAUGGUGUUGAAGUUCUAGUAUGCCUCUGUAUAUGUGGAUGUUCUUUUUUCCCCUGCUAUAAACAUCAUGCCUUAUACAGUAGGUGAGACUUUGUGCUGCAGUGAAAAUUUUAUACUGCCCUAGGUUUCCAUUAUUCGAGGGGAAGUCCAGACUUCUAUGUAAGCCCUUACAAUAACAAACAGCACUGUUUUUGAUUCAGAAGUGGCAACACGGGGAUGGGGUAAGCAGCAACAUGCUGAACAACAAAAUAUGAAGGAAAAGGACAUGAAAACUACACAAAUGACUGCAUUUUGAUAAUUUUACAUUUGUAAUGAAAGUGUUGAUACCCUUUUGAGUACUCUGUGUUCAGAAUUCUGUGUCAGAUUGUGGGUGGUUUCUUGGUGUUGGAAGGCUUUUUAAAAGAUUCUUAAUUCUAGUAAAUAACAUGGUAUUGGUAUGAUUUUUGUUUGAUAGCUCAUGAUUGGAUUUACUUAUUACAAUAAUCUCAGCAUUUAUUGAGUUAGGAUAACUGAAGCUAUUACCCAUGUGAGCAUUCAUAGAUUGUGAGAGAAUGAUUGAUGUCUGUUAUCUGAUGUCGUUGCUGCUUACUGUUAUGGAUUAAACACUAAAAAUAACUACAAAGAAUCUGCAAUAAAGAGCAAAAUGGAUCAGCACAAGUUACUAUAGGA